AUGGGAGGACACGUUGAUGUGCCCAACGAUUUGAUCAACGAAUUGAGAGAUCCGCACAGAAAAGUAAGAGAUUCCGAAUACUUUUGCUUCCGUUUCCUUUUGUUUUUACUUGGUUUUUCGUUUUCGAGACAUUGGAACCAGGACUGGGCCUGGACUUUUGAACCACUUGCAAUACUCUGAUUGGAGCCAACCUUCGCAGGAUUGUUGGACUUGGAUUGAGGGCCAUUGGGUCCAAGUUUCAGCCCCAUCGGAUCGUCGGGUCCCGAGAUAUGUGGAUCAUUGGCCGCCUUUUUCCAAAACGCCCGGGCUUCCGGCCAAUGAUCCACAUAUCUCGGGACCAGAUGAUCCGAUCAGGCUGAAACUUGGUCCCAUUGGCUCUUAAUCCAAGUCCAAGAAACCUGCAAAGUUUGGGUCCGAUCGGAAUAUUGCAAGUGGUUCAAAGGUGCUUUAAAAACUGAAGAAUUUUCUAGAGAAGUGUGAAAACAAUACUUCGAGAAAACUGGAACCUUAUUGGAGACAUUGACAAAGCAUUGAAAACCAUCGGCGAUGAAGUCAUCGGUCAAAACGAACUCGUCUUAUUUCUCCUUCACAACUUUCUCUUCAUCAUCACAUUGAUCGUCAAUCCAAGAAGAAUAUCCACAAGAAAGCCGAAAACUCGGAGUGAUGAGAUACAAAAGUUCGAAGAUGAUCUACGGGACGCUCAAAAGGUAAUCAGUUGGUUUUUAAGUGCUCCGAAACAGAUAUUACAGAACUGGAGACAUUUCUUUGAUAAACACGAAGCCACUUUCAAACUGGUGUCAACGAUUGCGAUGCGCGAAGGGAAGGUGAAUUUCCACGGCGAGUUGUGGCAAAAAUCCAAGUUUCAGGUAUGAAUGAACUUGUACUGAUGUUGCAGCAGUAAAACGGAAACGUUUUUUUUUACAGAAAUUCACUUCAAGAAUUAUUCACGUUUUGCUCGUUUUCCGCGCGAAAACGGAACAUUUAAUACCUCCGUCGCGAUUCAUUUUCAUGUUGAUCGCGUCGAUUGCCAACUGGACUCUCACGCCUCUUCUCAACUUUCCGUCCAAAACUAGAAUUGAACCGGUGAGGCGGAAAACAGAAAAAGCCGAGAAAAUCAAUAGAGUCCAGUCAAACGAACGUCUUCGGUUAGCUUGCUCACUUUUACCUUUCUGCGAGAACUUUUCAUAUUUCAGCGUGGAAACCGUCUCGAAAUGCGAUAACAACUAUUACGAUAUUGAAUACGUUGAAAAAGUUGACGAAAAACUCGUGGAAUUUGAUGCACAGGUACACGAAACCAGCAAGCAUUUAUCGGAGAAAGAGCUGGAAUGGAUUGAGGAAGCCAAUAAACAUCGGAAGGAAGUGAGUGCUCGGUGAGUUCCAACUGAACGUACGCACAACAGUUUGAUAGCUUGAAGGUUGGAAGUUCAGACGAAACGGUUCGCCGCCAGAAUCGGAGAAUUCGAAAAGGAACGAGAGAGCAGACGGAAACGAGAGGAGCAGGCAUUUCAAGAGAUUAUGCAACAGCAGCAAGCCGAAUUUCGGAAGAUGGUCGGUGAAAUUGAAGAAAGAAGGAAGAUGACACAGGCGAGAAAUGUGCUCGAGAAUGUCAGAAAGUACAGUUUUACAGGAUGAAGAACUCGAGCAGCUCCUGGAAAUGUGUGAACACCAAGACGAAGCCCUUCUGUACUUGUUUGAUAACCGGAAAACGCGAACCUUUCAAUGGGAGCAACAUGAGGCGUACUGGAGUAAUCGACUGCAUCUGCUGAGGUGAAAAUGUUCAGUAUUGGAAGCUUUUAUGUGAAUGGCGCUAUGAUUCAGAAACUCUUUAGCACAGAUUCGCUCGGAGUUUUGGAGUUUCGAGCGGUAUUUCAUUCAACGUUUCGAGCAGGACAACACGAGAAAUGUUAACUUUAUUGAGGACGUAUACAAGGUGAAAACUUGAUGAGAAGCCCUCAUAGAGUCGUUUGCUUCCAGAUGGAAUCCGCCUCCUUCGGCCGUACAGUCACCCGCACCCUCACUUUCCUCAAUACCGAACAAGACUUUUUCGAGUCCCUUCUCCAUAAAUACUCCGAUGACUUCUUCCUUAGAAUUCUUCUCGUGAGUGUGCUCGCCGCUGUUAUCAGUUACCCAUGACCAUAUUCAGAAAAUUGUAAACAAAGUGGCCGGCCAACUCGACAAAGUCAUUCUGGAAUUGUGGAGUGUAGCAGUUCACAUCGACGCUCGCGAUGAUCUUUUGCAGCUCCGGAAUGCAGUGCAUGACAUCGAUCCGUAUUCGAUUCCUACCUUGUGGAGACUGAAGGGAAUCUGUCAUUCCGCUGAUCCGCACGACUACCACGAUGAAGGCCUCAGAGAUCGUUCUCUUUCUAAUGGUCACUGA